AUGAUGCAUUCUGUAGACAUAUGUAGCAGCUGUCUAGCAGUUCUCUAUGAGCACAAUGUGGUCUUGUCAGAGGACACCGAAGUGCCAGUUUCUUCUGAGGAGGUCUUGAUGCUGAUGGAGAAAAAUAUUGCAAUUUUGGAAGCAGCCAUCAAGGAAGCAGCUAGACAGGGUGCCCAUAUCAUUGUGGAUCCUGAAGAUGGCAUUUACAGAUGGAUCUUCACAAGGGAAACAAUGUACCCUUAUCUUGAGGAUAUCCCAGACCCACAGGUGGACUGGAUUUUGUGUGCUCAUCCUGGAAUACAUCAUCCCUGUUAUACAUGGGGGAGUAGUCUGAAGGGAAAGACAGCUAGGGGUUUUACUCUGGGCUUUAAAGAUUUCUCUAUUUAUGUGAAGCACUUGCAUAAAGAUGUGAAUAUUGGAAAAUUUCUGGUGUUACAUGUUUGCAGAGAGUGUAUUUAUGCCUCAGAUGGUCCAAGAGCAUGUUACUACAAUACUGAAAUGGAUAAUGGCCACCUUUUGGUGACAGAACUGAGUUCAUGCCCACAGCUCUCUCCUGACUAUCCUGCUGCUGCUAACUGGAUAUUGUAUGCCACCCAGAUCAAACAGCUUCCAUCAAACAAUGAUCUCUUCUCCUUCACGGAACUCACUGAAUCUGAGGGAAAUUGAGACAUUUAUCAGCAAGACCUCUGUUAUCAUCACAAGAUGGUAGAGAAGCAGCAAGAUGAAAGUUAUGUCCUGGGUGCCUUUGAUGGGCUACAUGUUGUUGAAGGACAGUGUUAUUUGCAGAUCUGCAGUCUACUCAAGUGCCCAAGCACAAACCUGAGCACAUGUGGGCAGCCUGUGGAGACGGCUCAGACCAAGUUUGAGAUGUUCUCCCUCAGUGGCACGUUUGGCACCAGCUACGUCUUCCCAGAAGUGUUGUACAGCGGGGUGCAGCUGGCCCCCGGGGAGUUCGAGGUGCUAAGUGACGGACGUCUGACAAGUCAGAAUACUACGUCAAAGCCAGUUUUGAGUGUAACACUCUUUGGGAGGUGGUAUGAGAAGGACCCUCCACAGACACAUCAAGCUUCAGCAUGAUUUCACGGCAGAUCCUUCAAGCUUUCAUCUGCUUGUUUCUGUAACACUAAUUAAUUAGAAAUAAUGGUAAUUAAUACUAAUAUUCAUUAUUAAAAUGGCAUUAUAUUUCUCAAUUUGCCUUAUCUAACAGCACAGUCACUGCACAUUGAUGUAUUGACUUAGUUUUGCAGCAAAUUCAAUACUCUGAUGGACUUUUGUGAAUGAGUUUUUAUAUGAUAACUUUGGUUGGCUUAGGCUUGGCCUUAACACUGAGAAAAAUAGAAAAUAAAUUCCUCUUAUUUUAGUGGUGUAGGAUUCAAUGAGUUGUGCCCCAAUAAAAGCCAGUUUUCAAAUAUUUGAAAUU